AUGGCAAAUCAAUCGCAACAACAAUCGUUACAGCCGUCAUUAUCACAGUCGUUUCCAUUACUACAAUCACACUCAGAACCAGAAAAUUUUUUCUCUCCUAAACAACAAUUUCUUCAAUCGUCGAAUGUCUCGGAAACUUUAUUUUCUCGCAAUGCAGCUUCUGGUCAAGAAUUAUCUGGAAUUAUAAAUCAAAACAAGCUUGAAAACUUUCAUGCAGAAUUUCUUCGUUUCCUGGAAGCUUGA